UGUACCACCUCUUUUCUGUGAAUACCUCUUCCUGGGCUGCCAUCUGGCUUUCCUUCCUUCUCCCAGCCCUCCCUCCAGGACUCUGGCUGUCUUUGGUUUGGAACGCCAUCUCCGAUUUUGAUCUCCCAACCCUGCCUCGACAUCCCUUCAGAUAUGGUGCCCCUCUUAGCACUGUUGCUUCUUCUGUGGGACGCUGACCCAGCCAGAGCCAGUGUUAUUAAUGAGGAAAAGAUCAUAGGUGGUCAAGCGUGCAUUCCCUUCUCCCAGCCCUGGCAGGCUGCCCUGUUUGCCUCUCGACGUUUCCACUGUGGAGGUGUCCUGCUGUCUGAUCAGUGGGUGCUCACGGCAGCCCACUGUACCCACUGGAACCUCCAAGUGGUCUUGGGGAAACACAAUCUCCGGCGGCUGGAGCUCUCCAAGCAAAUAGUAAGGGUGAAGCAACAGAUCCCCCAUCCCAACUACAACCACAGAACCAAAAGCAAUGAUCUCAUGCUACUCUACCUGCAGAGGCCAGUGAAGCUGACCUCCCAAGUUCAGCCCAUUCAGCUUGCAAAAGACUGCGCUAGACCCGGGACCUCCUGCGUGGUGUCUGGCUGGGGCUCUGUUUCCAGUCCUUUUGUCAAAUAUCCCGCCAUCCUUCAGUGCCUGACCAUCAAAAUCUAUUCUGACAAGGAAUGCAUAGCAGCUUACCCGGAUAUCAAGAUACCAGGCAUGAUCUGUGCUGGGAACUACCAAAAUGAGGCGGACAGCUGCCAGGGUGACUCUGGAGGCCCGCUGGUGUGCAAUGGGGUCCUGGAGGGCCUUGUGUCUUGGGGCAUAGAACACUGCGGCCUGGCCAGGUAUCCUGGCGUUUAUACCAGCUUGUGCCAUUACCGGACCUGGAUCCUAAAUGAAAUGAAGAAGAACCCUUAACAAGUUCCCCUCACCCACUCAAGAAGAUUGGCCUGUCCAACCUGUCCCCAGUCCUGCCCUCAGGGACAGGUGGCCUGAAACUAGGGCCCCACACCCUGCAAAGGAACCCAGGUCCAUGAUCCUUCUGACCAACCCUGUUGACCUCCCCCAAGGACAAGACUCAGGCAUUCAGACUUGCUAAUGAUGGACUUGCAGGUUUCCUAACCUCAUCUCUAGGAUGGAUUUGGAUGCAUGGGAAAAAAAAAGAUUUUCGAGAUGGAAAGGACUUGGGACUUUGAAAUAGCAGGUCUGGAACAACUGCUUGUAAUAAAGACCAUAUCCUGGGAUUUUUACAAAUGGAGAAACUGAGGAUUAAAAGACCUAAAGUCUCAAUAGUCGGGAUGUAAGUCCGAUUCAAAUGUUCUCUUCCUGCAGGAUCUGGGGUCUGAAGAUCUUUCUCCAAAUUUCCAAGAACCCUAACCCGUUUCAUGAACUCACUACCAUGCUCAGGUAUCCAGAGUAAGAGGUAACUGAGCUGAUUUUUCUCCCCCAAAUCUAAGAUUAAUAAAACCUUGUG